CUGAGCUGUGUUCCGGCUUCGCGUUGACGCGCGUUGACGCAGCUGCGCGCAGAGAUGGAGAGCGCGUUGCGGUCGCAGUAGGGGCACCAGCGCGCGCGCGUACACACGCAGAAACAGCCACAUUGAGACGCGUGAAGGAAAACUAAAAAGCCCGUCUUUGUCUCCGGAUCGAGCCCGCAGCAGCCCCGCAGCAGCCCCGCAGCCUCCAGCAGGCUCAUGGAGAGCGGAGCCCCGCUUGUCCGCACCGGGGGCGCGUUGAUCGGAUGCCUUUCACCACAGCAGCCCCGUUAGAUGCUUUCCAUUCCGGAUUAAUUGGUUGACCAAUGGCUCCCAAACAUGCGCUCCUGUCCAGCAGCGGCCCCGAGGUUGGAGGGGUGAAGAAUCAAGGAGAGCCCCGCUCCUUCUCUGCGGCGCCAUGGAUGCUGAGAGCGGGGAUGCUGGCCGUGUGUUCGCCCGGGAACGGGAAGAGGACGCGGCGGGCGCUGGAUGGGAUGCUGGCCCGGUGCUUUGUGAGCAUCGGCGCGGUGCUGAUGCUGAUGAUGCAGAGCUCCUUGGCCGCUGACGCUGAGGCAGAGUCAAUGAGACGGGCCGUCUUGCCGCGGGACCCCGCGGUGCCCUCCUCCAACUUCUCGUCCACCCCCAGGACUGGAGACGAAGCCGGGGCUAAAGACAAAGACGUGCUGGAUGGGGCUGACGGUGCUGCCGGUGCUGGACGUGGAGCUUGGUCUGAGGGUAAAGUGUUUGCUGGCACCCGAACGGCAGUUUGGACUGAAACAGAAGCAGAAGUGCGAGCCGGGGCAGGUGGCAAAGUCUUUGCCGAGACGGGGAUUAUGAUGGGAACCGGUGCCUGGGCUGAAGUCGGUGCUGAAUGGAGACCAAGGGGCGCAGAGGGGGGUGACCUGUCAAACAUGCCCAGGGACCCGGCUGCCUGGCUGGGGCAGCGCAGGCUUCGGACGCGUGGAGCGGGCCAAAGGGAGCGGCUGGCCUUCUCAUCAGUCCCCACCGUGCUGGCAGAGACGGUGGAGCUGCAGGCACCAGCGUUAGGAAAACCUUUAGGACUGCUGUCUAAAGCUGCUUGGACCAAAAGCUCCUCUUCAUCAUCCUCCAAGGCCUCCUCCUCCUCCUCUUCCUCUUCCUCCUCUUCCUCUUCCUCCACAACAAAAGCAUCCUCUUUGCCUUCCUCCUCCUCUCCAGCCGGUGACAGAGACAGUCAGACGGCAGGAGCACACAACGUCUCUCUGGUUGUUGUCAACAGCAACUCCUCCCACAGCAACAGCAGCUCCACUUUGGAGGAGUCAGUGAGCAGCCUACCAGCCUGGGAUCUCCCCACAGUCCCGGAGUCGCUCCUGUCCACGGUGGGCGACCACGACGUCACACUUCCUGACAACAUCACCAGCCCUUUCUCCACGCACCAAUGGAACACAACCGCGCCGGUGCGCACCAGAAACACCUCAAGGCACACGACCACAUCAAACACCACCAUGUACGCGUCUCUAUCACCCACCACCACCUCAACUUUACCGUUAUCCACCACGGCAAGAGCACAAACGCCAUCGGGAUCCACCGCGGUUUCUCACACCGAAAGCCAGGACACUGUGACCGACGACAGCCUUCAGCUGACGACGGUAACCACGACGACGCCCUCAACGACCACUCUUACUGUGACACCUGCUGAGAUGAUGACACGGGCGCCGGCAACCACUGGGAGCGCGGUAACGGCACCGCCCAACACCACCACUGCUACAACCACGCAGCAAACGACGAGCCUCGAACUGACCACGGCGGCUACAACCCAGCCUACAACCACCACUACAGCCAGUACUACCACCACUACGACUGUCCCUCCAACCACCACCACUACACCUCCAACCACGACUACAACUACUACACCUGCACCUACUACUACUAGUACUACUACUACAGCUGCCACCACCACUACUACCAGCACUACAACCACAACAACGAGGGUACCUGCCACCACUGUGUUCAUCCCAGUCCGAACCACGCCGCCUCCCACCACGACCACAGAACCUCCAUCCAGUACCGGUGCAGAGGAAAUUCCUCUUCCAUGCAACGUGACCAAGAAGUACUGGGUCAGAACAGUUCUGUCCAUCGAGCUGCGAAGGAACCGUCUGGAUCUGAUCCUGAAACAGAACCUCGCUAAAGGACUGAGCCACGCCCUGCAGAGAGCGCUGAAUGACUCCGCAGCCUACGCACAGGUGGAACGUGACGACUGCAGCCCGCACAACGUGACGCUGGCUUACUACGUGACCAGCGGCAAAACCGUCUACGUUUCCUCCUUGGUGGUCGAGGCGCUGAAUGUUUACGGCUUCGACAAGCUGCUGUCAGACAUCAGGCAGCACACCCCGUUGGUUAAAGCAGUUCUGGUUCCCGUGGCAACCUGGAUGCCGGCGCCGAGCAUUCACCUGCAGCUGAAAACAGUGUUGAGGUUCGUCGGCCCGACAGAUAACGUCUACUCCUGCAGCUUUGUCCAGAUGUUGGAACAGAGGCUGGAAAACGCCUUCGAGGAGGCUCAGGACAAAGUGCUGGAGGCCUACAACAGGCUCACCGUGGAGAUCCAGAGUGUGUCCCAGGAGCCGGGCUCUCCGUCAGUCUCUCUGGUGUACGUGGUGAAGAACCAGGACGCCAUCCUUAACGGGACCAUCUCCAGCGGCCUCCUCAACCAGCUGACCGCGGAGCUGGUGGGAUACUUUCUGUUCUACCCUCCCCUGGUCAUCGCUGAGCCUCUUGAAUACCAUAAUCUCAACACAUCGAUGGCAACCAAAAACUAUUGGGUGAUAACAGUGAUCCAGGAUGUGGACAGCUCCUCCCUCGAGGACAACUAUCAGAGCUUUGCCAGCCUGAUGGAGCAGCGGCUGGCUGAGCUCUUCCUGGUGGCGGGCAGGCAGGGCUCCAGGACGGCGAGAUCUCGGCGUGCCACCACAGUCGGGAGCUACACCGUACAGAUGGUGAGCAUGCGUCGACUGCCUGGUCCCAAGAACCCAGCAGAGAUGACGUACUACGUCCAGCUGAACGGAGCGCCCAUCACUGGAACCAGUGCUGCCAAGACGCUCAGCAGUCUGGACUCCCAGACCAUGGCCCUGACGCUGGGAUACUUUGUGCAAGUGCAGGCUGAACCUGUGGUAAAGACGCCGCCCGGAAACCUGUGGAUCAUGGCCGUCCUGACGCCUCUCUUCCUGUUGGUGGUCGUGAUCGGCAUGGUGGCCUUCAUUCUUUGUAAGAGGAACAGGGUCAUCUUCAAAACCGGCGCCUUCAGGACCUUCAAAACUCGCUCCAAGACCUCAUACCGAAGGGAGGGCAGUUACCACCACCAGCCUGUCCAGGGCUUCGACUACGCCAAGAAGCACAUGGGUCGAACGGGAGAUGAGGCUGUCUCCGUUACCAAGGAGACGCUGGUCCUGGGGCUGCCUGUCCGAGACGCACCACUGUCGCUGUCAUUGGAUAAGAAGGUCCACCAGGACGGCACCGCCAGCAAGAGGCCUCCGUCUGCCGACAUACACAAAGGAGGGCGGUUGCCAAGUGAGGAGGACGGCUCGAUGUCGAGUAACGGCUCCGCGAAGCUGAACACCAGCAAGAGCUCCUCGGCCCGGAGGACGGCGACCGGCAGCAGCAGCAAGAACGGCAAGGAGGAGCUGCACAAGAGGAGCACCAACGACCCGUAUGAAGACCAUUCAGGCUCUCUGCGGCUCAUCACCAUCAAACCCAUGACUGCCCAGCCUACGUACUCCUACCCCUCCUCCUCAUCCCACAGCCAAGACUCUGUGGUCCUCAACGGGGAGGCAAACCACGGCGGGUUGAAGCAGAAGUCGGACAUCGAGCACUACAGGAACAAACUGCGUCAGAAGGCCCGGAGGAAGGGCUACGGGGAAUUCUCGCUGUCCGAGACCGGCAGCCAUGGUUACAGUCACCGUGACGCCAGGCACGGUAGGCACGACAACGGGCUCAAGGAGCCGAUGACCGCCGAGGAGAAGAGGGCUUCCUUCGCAGGAUGUCACAAGAGGUACUCCCACCCACGGGAGCCCACCUAUUGGAGCCGGCAGUCUCUGAGCAGCCCGAGUCCAGUGGAGACGGAGAUGGACCUCCUGGUGCUGAGGGAAAGAUCCAGGAGGGGCAUCCGAAACAACGGCUACGAUGUGAGUGACCGGACUGGCGAACCAGAACCGUUUGAGGAGACCAACGUGGACCGUCUGAUGAGCUCUCUGGGUUACGGAGGUGGAUCCACUGGCACCGGGAACGGCAGCUUGGGGGUGAAAGCUCACCGUGGCUCCGACUCCUCCACACUUAGCUCCCAGCCAUCCAUUGACGAGGUCCGCACGCAGAUGCACAUGUUGCUAGGCAACGCCUUCAGCCUGGCACCUCCGGACCACGACCCCCCUUCUCCUCCAACCAACACUCACCACCAUCACCACCACCAUGCCCACAGAGCCUACAACCCGUCCCACACCAGCCACUACAGUGACGGGGUCACCAGCGCUCCGGGGACCAUGAACCAUCCCUGUGGAGGCCGGCAGAGGAGCACAGGCUACGAGGACAUGCACCAGUGUAGUCUGCCCAAACCGGGUUUCCGGUUCACCCAGCUUCCGGAUAUGGGCAUCGGGUCUCCUCCGCCACUGAUUCCCUCUAGACCAGGACCACCACCUGGGACCUCAGUACGACGCUCCACCCCUGACGUUAGUCUGAAGCCUCGUGUGUCGGAGGCCUCAGACCUGCAGGCCCAGCAGCACAACGGCGCCCCGUACCUGCCGCUGUCCAGGACCCCCUUUCCUGCCGUCACCGUGGACCAGUCCAUCAGCACCUACUCAGGAAACCCAAUAACAGCAGUCUACGCGAUAUCAGCCAACCGUCCGGGUUACUCAGACUACUUCGUCAUGUCGCCGCCGUCCUCGUACCGUAGCCCGUCCUGGAUGUCCUACCCACCCGAGCCAGAAGACCUGCCGCGGCAGUGGAACGACACACCGAACUCACGUCAUCUUGAAACCAUCUGCUGAAGGCGUCUGCCUGUGACACCGAGUAGCUUGGUGUCUCCUUGAUGGGCAGAGGAGCUCCCUCUCACUGAAAACUCUCCGGAGCUCCAUCACCUCCUCCUUCACUCCAGCCCGGCCCUCCUCUCGUCUGAUUCAUUCAACACCAGUGGACCCCCCCCCUGCUUUAUUCCCAGCUUUACUCCCAGCUCCCUCCCUCUCUCUCUCUCUCCACUGGCCUGGCCUCCGUCUCUCCCCCCCUGGUCCCUCUGCCCUCCCCUUCCUCGUCCCCCUUGUGUAACUAUCUCUAUGUAGACUGUCUCUUGUGUGGUGACCCGACCACCACUGUACACCAGGAGGCCCCUCACAGUGCUGAACUGAGCUGAGCUGAGCCGUACUGUGCUUCCCCACGUUGAACGGGGUGAGUACAGCACGAUCAUCAUCGUACAGUAACUGCCAUCCGCCCAGCACACGAUGGCACACAGCGCUGCGUUAUCAGUACGGUAGUGCCCCCCCACACCCACCCCAGCCAUGGCCAGUAGUCUGCUCCUCAUCUGAACUGGACUUGGACUGGACCAUCCUGGACUUGGUCCACCGUGAAGCCAGGAAAGCUGGACUGACUUAAAAACUGUGCUUUUUUUUUUGAUGAAUCCAAAAUUCCUAUGUAAACCUUCUACAGCUGGUUAAUAUGUGUAUUUUAAACUUAAGUGAGGAAAAAAAAAAAAAUCAAAAGGACAAAAAAAAAAAAAUUCUCUCGUCUUGAGCCGUCUCAAUUUCAGUUUUUGGAUAUUCGUGUGCUUUUGUCUUUUACUUUUGUGCAUUGAUUAUUAUCAAUGGAUUACUGUAGAAAAAAGAAGUGGCGAGUGUUUAACCGUCACUCACUUUGUUUCAAGG